AUGGAAUGUUUACAUAUUCGAGAACCAGAUGAUUCUGCUUGGGGUGAAAAUCAAUACCUUUGUUGGUCUAAAAAUCUACCUGACCCUGGAUAUCGCUUUCAGUGGUCUUAUUCAUCCUUUCGUAAUUUUAUGGACUAUGUUUACGCGAAAGUACAUUGCAUUAAAUGGGAUAUUGGAUCUUAUAAGCCCUGGUCUUCAUGGAAAGAUAAUUAUUUAUGUCAACCCUAUGUAAAUUAUGGAAAAGUGUGCACGAUAAAAGAUCUUUGCAAGAACACUCCAUGCAAGAACGGUGGACAGUGUGAAGGUUUUGUUGGAAAGUACACAUGUAAAUGCGGAAAGGGAUUCACGGGAAAAAAUUGUGAAACGAAUAUCGAUGACUGUAAGAACAACCCGUGCAUAAACAAUGCGAAAUGCAUUGACAAUGUUAAUGGAUACACCUGUAAGUGUGCUGCAGGGUUUAAAGGUCGUCGCUGCGAAACAAACAUCGAUGAAUGUGUCGGAAAAACAUGUAAAAACGGUGGAACUUGCGUGGAUAAAAUCAACAAUUACGUCUGCAAAUGUAAGAAUGGGUAUGCAGGAAAACAUUGUCAAAUAAAUAUCGAUGAAUGCGCUGGUAAUCCAUGCAACAAUGGUGGCAGUUGUACAGAUAAAGUAGGUGGCUAUAUAUGUACUUGCAAAGCAGGGUACACUGGCAAAAGCUGCCAAGUGAAUAUCAAUGAAUGCGCAAAUGUGUAA